AUGCAGACAACAUUCCCUCAACCAGCCUUAGAGCCCAGUUUUGAAGGUAAUCAUACUGGCAGGAGAUCAAUCGCAAAAGUUCUAUUCGACCAUGUCGUGAACUUUACCGGCGUCGGGCUCGUGUGUGCCGUCGCUUACUUUGAUCCAGGGAACUGGGGCGUGGACUUGCAGGCUGGAUCUGAGUUCGGGUACAGGCUACUUUUUGUGGUCCUCCUAGCCGGCGUGUUCGCCGUCUUCUUACAGGUCUUGGCCAGCAAGUUGGGCGUUGUAACAGGUCUCGAUUUGGCGUCCCAUUGUCGUCUUCUCUUGCACGACCGCCCAAAUCACACCCGACUAUGGCGUUGGCUCGCACUCUACCCUCUUUAUGCCCUCUCAGAGAUCGCCAUCGUCAGCACCGAUCUCGCCGAACUUUUAGGUUCUGCCAUGGCGCUCUGCAUGCUGUUUCCUAAACUGCCAUUAUGGGCAGGCGUCGUUAUCACAUCCUCCGAUGUCCUCUUUAUACUUGCACUCGGAGACCCUUUACGAGGCCGCCCGGCGAGGUUCUUUGAGGCUAUCAUUGCUGGUCUUGUUUUGGCAGUCUUGAUAUGCAUGUGCAUCAUCAUUUCCAAAGUGGACGUCAGAUGGGAUGAUGCGUUCAAAGGAUUCGUUCCUUCAAAGUAUAUCUUCCAACAUGGAGGUUUAUACACCUCUGUCGGUAUCAUAGGAGCCACAGUUAUGCCUCACAGUCUAUUCAUUGGUUCGGCCCUCGCCACUCAAGACAGAAUGUCUUCCCUUCAAGACCUGGCUCGCUGGCUUAUGAGCCGUCUGCGCUCCGCUGGUCCUGUCAACUCGGAACAAUAUUCUUCAUCGCAUCCGAAGAAUCACUUGGAACGAGAGAACAAUAGUUUCGCGUUCGUGAGGACUCAUCUGUACCACGGAAUCGCAGAUCUCGUCGUCAGUCUCAUGGGCUUUGCUGUCAUCAUCAACUCAUUGAUUCUCAUUCUCGCAAGUGCGGUGUUUUACUACGGGAGCGGAGAACUUGGGGAUUCAGCAAGUCUUUUCGACGCGUACGACUUGCUCAAGGAAUUAUUGGGUAGUGGCGCCGCAACGAUCUUCGCCCUUGCGCUCCUCUGUGCUGGCCAAGGUUCUUCCAUUAUAGCCACAGUCGCAGGUCAGACAGUCUCCGAAGGAUUCAUCCACUGGCGCAUCUCUCCCGUCCUCCGCCGUCUCGUUACCCGACUCAUUGGCUUGGUACCUUCCACAAUCGUCGCAGUCGCAGUCGGUCGCCCAGGGAUAAACUCACUCCUCGUCAUAUCCCAAGUUAUAUUGUCUAUCGUUCUCCCAUUCAUCGUGCUGCCACUUCUCCUGCUCACGUCGUCGAAGACUGUGAUGCGGGUACGACACCCGGAUGCAGACAAGAGCGUGAUGAAGGACUCGUCCGAGUCGUCCUUGCAAUUGGACACGGACACAGUCACUUCGAACUUGGACGUGGACGUGGAACGUGCGGAGAUGGAUGGAUGGAUCGAUAUGAGCAAUGGGGUCGUCGUCGCCGGGAUAGGGUGGGCGAUUUGGCUGCUCGUGCUUGUGGCGAAUGGGUAUGUUCUUGUUGUGUUGAUGAUGGGUCAAGAGAGUUAG